GAAGGGCGAAGGCAUGGAGCUCUCCUGCUAGCUUGGUCCGGUCUCCGGUGGCAAUUCGUGCUUGGGGGGAAGAAGGGGGCUAGGCGGCGAAGCAAAUCUCGGUUCUCCUCUUGCCGUCUCGCGCUUGCCUGAAGGUUGGGAACCUCUCCCCCUUCGCGCUGCAUUCUUGGGCCCCCGUAUAUUGUUUGCAUUGGGGAUUAGGUUUAGGAGGAGGAAUACUCGUUGUGCACUACCUUUUGUGAUGCUCUGAGCCAUUAGUCAGGAACUCUAGUAAUGGCCGAGUGUUCCUUGGCGACACUGAGAGGUCAGUGUCGAGGGAGAUGGACUCAGUCCAACAGCAAGCUGUACCCAAGUAGUGUUUCGAUUGGAAUGCCGAAGAGGAAUUACGACCACAAGAUUCACCUUCCCUUCCAGUCCAAUGCAGCAAGGGAACCGAAAAGUGCUGCAUCUUCUCACUUUGGUUUUCAUGGCAGGGGUCACAGGGUGGAAACUUCAGUUGAAUGUUUUCGCUUGCAGUCGCUGAUGGAUUCUGAGAGCAUGGUUUCACCAAGUUUAAUGCUGAUUUCGGAUGAAGCUCUUCUCACUAUCAGCAUGAUUUUUGCGUAUUUGGCUGGAGUUGUACCUUCUGGGAACACAUCUCCUCGUGCCAGAAAUCAGGGUGUUAAUCAACAUAUUACAGAGCCAAGCUCCUCUGAUUCUGGUAGGAAUGCUGGGCUUGACCCCAGGGAUAUGUGGAGUGAAGUGAGAGCUAAACUUUCUGAAGCUUUACAAGCAAAUGUUCAAGAUGCAAGUUUGGAUAGCAGAGAGGAUGAACUCAUGAGUGAUAGGAAAAACUAUCCUUUGAGUAUGCUUGCCAUUCAUGGUGGUCCCAGGUUGCGGCUUCUUCUGAUCACAUUUCAGCUCCUGGAAAUGGAGGUAAGAAAUAUCUCAGGAAGUUCUGAAAUUGUCGAUGGAAUCAGGUGGUUGCAAGUAUCAACUGCCUUGAUAGAUGGUUUGAUUGAACCAGCAUUUGUGAAAUGGAUUGAAGAAGAACAGGCCUUGGAAAAUGGCCAAAUCAAUGAAAAACUUAUGAAGAUGAUAAGCAGCAAAAUAAGGGAGGACGAUAGGAUCUUCAAGAGGUUUAACAGAUUUGGGAAAUCUGAACUCUAUUUGGAUCUGAUCUUUUUCCUAAGAUUUGGUUCUGCAAGGUCCGACAGCUGUUUUGAUGCUAAAUUUCUUGCUGAACAUGGAGCACGAAUUUUGGAGGACCUGGUUAUUUCCUUAGCUGAUGUGAUUGCUAGCAUUUAUCUGGAGCUUAUGUCAGUUGAUGGUGAUAUGUCUACUGAAGUUGUUAGUUCCAGCUUAGCUCUAUGUUCUCUGUCAACCAGGGAACUUCAAAAGCUGCGCAAUGAGGUGGCGAUUAAUUGGUGGUUGCACCAAUACUUCGAGUCAGUUGUUUCAAUGUACGAAGACAGGUUUGAGCUAUAUGUUCUAUGCAGAAAACAAGGUGAAAAACCAGCAGAUAAUCAAGCUAAGAGGACAAAUUGGAGGCUUGCAUUCAGAAAGCCUAGUGCGCCUGCUCUUCUGGAUUAUGUUAACAUCAGUCCAUUUUCCCUUCCAGCAAGAAGGACGAAGGAAUUAAGAGCUUUAACUGGAUGGAGGUAUUACAUCAGCCUGUUCUUAGAGUUGUCAGAUAUUGCAAUGCCUUUCGUAAGGGCUGCUGUCAGCAAAGUGAGCGCAGCAGUGUCCUACUUCUGGGUGUCCAUGAUUGGAAGAUCAUUGGGACUGAUUUUCUCAGGGAUUAGACAGUCACUUGGCUGGAUAUGAGCUUAUACCUGUUUUGACUGUGACUUUUCUUUUUCCCCGGCACUCUGGUGAUACUGAAUGAUCGACUGUUGACUCCUGUAAUCUCGAUUCAGUUUUGUGACUGUUAGACUAUGCAUUGGAUAUCUUUAUUGCCCUGAUAAGGCCAUCAUUUUAUCCUCUUUGUUUUCUUGUGUGUUUGCAUUGUAAACAAAGAUUGAAGGAUGAUAUGAAAAACCUGAAAAUUGCUGGAAUUCAUUGAA